AUGGACAACAACUCUCUGCCCAAGAUCAAUGAUACAACGAAGGCACCAGUCUAUUCUUCGCUGUAUCCAUACGAAGCUCGUGCAGCCUUGGUCGGUGUUUGGAUUUUGACCUGCAUUCUGGGCCUCGUAGGUAACAGUCUCGUCAUCUGGUCCGUCAUCCUAUCCAAGAAACUCCGCACCGUGACCAACGCCUUCGUGGUCAACCUCAGCGUGGCUGAUUUCUGGACCAGUCUCUCCUACCCGUGGAUUUGCGUAGCUUUGGUGAGUAAUGAAAGCUGGCCCUUGGAAUCGGAGGUCCCUUGUGUAAUUGCUGCCAUUCAACUUUAUACCGGUCUCGGUGCAAGUCUCUACUCGUUGGCCUCCAUAGCUUUGAACCGUAUGGUCCUCGUCACUCAAACAAUGAACACCUACAGUUGGUGGUACACCCCGCGUAAAGUAGCCGUCAUGAUCGCAAUGACUUGGGUUUGUCCGUGUAUUGUGUUUUUCCUCCCACCGAUUCUGGGCAUAGGCGUAUUUGGUUACGAUCCACAAGACAAUACAUGUUCAGAUAAAGAUGGUCACCCAAGAGGUCCCGAAUACAACCUGGCACAAUCUGUGGGUCUAUACCCGGUCCCAAUGCUCAUCAUCAUCUGUUGCUACACGGCACUCUACAUCCAUCUCAAACAACACUUCAGGAAGAUGAAGAAGAAGGACAACAUGGAGCUUUCGCAGACGCUCAGUGUCGAUACAACUACGCGUUGCCAAUCUCAUGUCCCCAACCGCGUCAGUACAGCUAGUUCCAUCAACUCAGUGAGCACCUUACAAGACUCCAGCGUGAGACACCGUCAAGCAAUCAGCCGCCAGCAACUAGCCAUCACCAAGAACCUCUUCCUUGUGUUUUGCAUCUUCGCAUCGUUACUGUCUCCUUACUUUAUCUCUCUCGCUAUACCAUCCAGUCGUAAGUUUGCUCUCUACGGAGUCACUAUAACUGUUUUUAACAGUUGUGUAAACCCCAUCAUAUACGCAGUCAAUCACCCACAGUUCAAAGUGGUUAUGCGGAAGAUAGUUAAGUGCCGUUACUCUGAAAUACAAGAACCUUCAGAUUUACUGAAACUCUUGCUGUCAUUGCGAAAGAAUUAA